AUGGCCAAGCAAUUCGUGUAUGCUUUGAAUGACGAUCGGUGGUCUGUGUCUUGCAUAUCAACGCUCGAUGAAGAUCAUAUUCCCAGCAGCAACCCAUCCAAUAUUGAGAGUAGAAAUCAAGCUAUCCCUGCUAAACCCAAGACACCAAAUAAGCUCGUCAUCAACACGUUUGAAUCAGACAACAACAUGGAGACAACCUAUUUUACACGGCAACCACCAUCUUCUAAUGGCACUGCACGUACACAACCUUCUUUGCCAUCAUCAGCCGGUUUUUCAAAAGGACAGCUAUCAUCCUCAACAACUAUUGAUUUUGAUCCAUUGAUGAACCCCUUCCCCAAUCACGUGAAGAUCGCCACCCAUCACCAUCACAAAUCCUCUUCAACUCCAUCAUCGUCAAUUACAAAAGCAAUCGAUCACAGCAAACAAAAGGAAAUCACCACUGCUCCAGCAAAGGGCGAUGGCUCGUUUAGCAGAGACAGCGAUCAAGCUUGUAAAGCAACCAAACCAGCACGACAUCGAAAGAAGAAAAAGAAAUCUGCUAUGUGCUUGUCAACAAAGACGCGAUGUGUGAGUGGUAUCACGGUGCUUUAUACCAAGAAAACGUUACCCUUCAAGCUGAAAAAGUAUUACUUUCAACGCUAUUCAUACUUUUCAAAGUUUGACGAUGGAAUCAUGCUGGAUGAAGAGGGAUGGUUUUCGGUCACACCUGAGAAGAUUGCUCGCCACAUUGCCCAGCGAUGCACAAGCAAUGUGAUCAUUGAUGCCUUUUGUGGUUGUGGCGGCAACACGAUUCAAUUUGCACUCACGUGUCAACAAGUCAUUGCCAUCGACAUUGAUCCCGUCAAGCUUCACUGUGCCAAAAACAAUGCAAGGAUUUAUGGUGUAGAACACAAGAUUGAGUUUAUUUUGGGUGACUUUUUUGAAUUGGCACCCUAUUUAAAGGCUGAUGUUGUCUUUUUGUCACCACCAUGGGGCGGUCCUUCUUAUUCAAAAGAAUCCAACUAUGAUCUAGCGUCCAUGAUGCCAGGGAAUGGUGUACGUAUUCAUACCAUUGCAUCAAGAAUCACACCCAAUGUUGUCUUUUAUGUGCCCAAAACCACUGAUCCUCUACAACUGAUACAACUGGGUCCAUGUGAAAUUGAAAGGAAUUCAAUCCAGGGACAUCCAAAAGCUCUCACUGCAUACUACGGGAACCUUUCUCAAUCCAAUAUCGGUGAUUCUCCAACACAAUGCUUAAUAAACGAUGAGAAUGAAUCAUAA